UUUGGUGAGGUAGAGAAGGGCUCUUGUCUUUAUGAAGGUACUUGGAGAACAUAACAAUAUUACCAGAAAACUUGUAAUAACCGUGGGCAAUUAUUACUUUUUUUUUUUUAUCAAAUGAAGAAGCGUUUUGUUUGUCACGUUACAUGAUUGCUGAAAAGGCAUUCACAAAAGGGCAAGACAUCAGCCUUCAUUCCAGACAUGGAGAUCAAGGAGGAAUGGCAGGACGAGGAAUUUCCCAGGCCCAUACCUGAGGACUCUGAGAAUCAUGGUGAUGAAGAGGAAAGCCCUGGAGCUGAGGGAAACAGGCCUGUCCAACCGACCAGCCUGGCCCUGAGAGGUGAUGCUUUUAGGAAGAAGCGACUUAUGGCGCCCGCUCUCAGUCUAAAUUUAGACAAAACCUCUACUGACCGGAGCGUGAAAUCAGACGAGUUUGAUGCCUCUGCCCUUUCACCAUCUGUUGAUGAUGACCUAGCGAUGGACAUUAACCUGGAGGCCUUAGAGACGCCCUCAGACAGCGAGUCUUUCAACUUUCCAGACAGCAUGCACGACUUGGAUUGGGAAGAUGAUCUUCCCAGAAUGGGUAAGGCGGCAAUCAGAAAAGCCAGUUUGCUUGAGAAUGCAGAGAUGGGACACUUGGAAUUAGAUCAAGUGGAUAACCAUGGUCGCAGAUGGCGACGAUUCCAUAUUGGUGGGCUGGACUACCAAGUCAACAUGAGCGUUUUGGAGCCUUACCUCCAAGUUCUCUCCCAUGGAGGGUAUUAUGAGGAUGGAUCAACAGCCAUCAUCAUGUUUACCUCCUGCUACCUACCAGAAAAUACAUCAGAACACUAUGAGUAUGUGAUGGACAAUCUUUUCAGGUACAUCAUUGGCACGUUGGACUUGAUGGUGUCUGAGAAUUACAUAUUGAUCUACCUGUGUGGAAUGGCUCCUCGCAAUAAGAUGCCUGGCAUUAAGUGGCUCAGAGAGUGUUACAUGUCCAUUGACAGAAGGUUAAAGAAAGACCUAAAAGGGCUUUUUGUGGUUCACCCAGCGUGGUAUGUGAGAGCUUUAAUCACCGUCAUCAAACCAUUUAUCAGCGAGAAAUUUAGCAGGAAGAUGCGCUUCAUUCACAGCUUGCAGGAACUGGCCGAGUUUGUUCCUGUGGACCAGCUGCAAAUCCCAGACUGCAUCAGAGAGUAUGAUGUGCGGAUGAACAGGUGAAGGUGUCCAAUGGAAACGCAGAGAUGUACAUACUGUACACAUGUCACAUUGGGGUGAUGUGGGAAACUGACUGAGGUUAAAGGUCAAGUGUUAGGACGCAUGCUCUAAUGACAGAAAAACUGCUUCCUACCCAGCUUUGGUGAAAUGCAAAAAGACAGUGGUCCUUUUGAGAGGCCCAUCUGUGGGUCACUGAGGUGAGUUAGGAGACCUCUGCAAGCAACAUGAAAGACUGUUUUACGUCAUUGUAUUUAAAAUGUUUUCCUGGACUGUUGGAAAUAUGACAAUGCACCCUUCAUGUAUUUUAUGUACAAUAUUAUGGCAUGUUACUAAACUUAAACUUGCUGUUACAUGCAUAACCAGGCCAAAUAGAAGUAUUUCAAGGCUACUAUCAAAAUACACAUUUUAAUUUUGAACUUAGCUGCUCCAGACUAGCACACUAAAAUGGUAUGUGUAAAACGAAAUAUUUUUAAUUAGGUUUUACUUUUAAGUUGUUUCAUGCCCUAAAAGGUUUUAUUGAAAAGUGCAGUGCUUUAUCUGACACUGAAUUCAUGUGAACCAUGAUAAUAACAAAGACAAAGUAAAGCUUACUUUCGGGAUUCUCACGAAACCUGUCAAGAAAUGUACCUGGUCCUAUUUUACUCUAAAAUCUAAAGAAACUAAUAAGAAAUUAUGUUUUACAUAUAGAAGUUAUUACCCUUAAGUGAAUUUGAACUUAAUUUAAAUGAAAUAAAAUUGCUUGUAAAACUAUUAAGUCAGUUUCAUUCAGCCAACACAAUUUAGAUGAAUUAGGUCAAAUCAAUGUACUAUAAAAUUUCUACUUUAUUUGGUUCGUCAAACUAAAUGUACUUAUGUUUAAUACAUUUUCUUAUGUUGGUCCAGCUUAGUUUAUUUUAUUAAUCAUUUGUAUAUGCCACUUAAAAUAAAGUUAUCUUUACCACAAUGGUAAUCCCAAAAAUUCUACAGCCUAACAGGCACUUUUUGUUUUAAAUACCAAUAUAACAGAACAUUAAACAUUAUUAAAUCUCCAGCUAUUCGCAUUUUGCUCAAAUGCAUAAAAUGACACUUAAUUGCAACAUUUGUUUUCGCCAUCCAGUCCCAAUGUAAAUCCCCUGCACAGUUUCAUUAAUAGUAUAAAAAAAUAUUAAUGUAGUCCAAACUCAAAUGGAUUAAGCAAAUUAAUUUAAUUGGAUAGAUUUUAAUUAAGAUUUUUCAACUUGUGAGAUUAUUUUCAUGAAAGUUGAGCACAUUUUACCCCCAAAUUACUGCAAUGUGAAAAAUGAUGGUCAAUAUGAUAUUCUCAUAACAAAUUAAAUUAAAUAUUUUUUUACAUUGCUGUUAAGUAUAUAAACAUCAUAGCAAUACUCUGUUGGUACUACCUUUUAUUUUCACAGAUUUUAAGAAAAUCAUACAAAAGCAUCUUUUUUACUGUAAUACAGUAAAAAUUACUUGCAGUAAUGAGAAUCAUCAUUGACAAUAAUGGGGAUUCAUUUAUAUUAACAUGCAUAACUUUAAUGUUAAAAUGUAGAAAAAAUAUAUUUAAUAAAUAAAAGAAAAGUGCACUUAGUUUUAAUGUGAAAAACGAAACAAAAAAAACAAUGGCAAUUGUAAAAGUUAAAUGGCUUGAUGUGUUACUGUAAUGAGAAGCGGGGGUAAAAUGUGCUUAAGUGUCCAGAAAAUUAUUUCUAAAGGCUAAAAAUCUUAAUGGUACUAAAUUAAGGCUUUAUGCAAAAUUGCAAAAUUCUACAUGUAAAAUUGUAUUUCUCUUUCUUUUUUUUUGUUAAUGAUUUAGGGUUAAAUAUGACCAGGACAUUUAAGAAGUUUCAUAUUCUUUGUAUGUCCCUCUUUGCAACUUCUCUGAAAAGUUAUUGAAUUGUUUUGUAUAUUGCAUAAUGCAGAUUAUAUUUUGUACCGGAGCAUUUAGUCAUCCAUGAAUGUAGUCUGCAGAAAUACGGACCGCUUUAGAGCCGACAGUGGCAAGGCUCAAACUUUUAAUGCAUAAUCAGUGAGCCAAAACAAACAAAGGGUUUACUAUUGCUGAAUGGAGUGCUGUUGUUCAGUUUAUAUUUGUGUAUAUACUUGUUACUACUUAACCAGGGACUAAAAACUACAUGUAUUUAAAAAAAAAACUACAUGUAUAUAAACUGUAUUUUCCAUUCCGGUUCAGAAGUUCUGCAGCCUCCUUUCCAGAAGGUUAGCGGUUAGAACAAAAUAAGAGUGGUUAAUAACGUUCUUUUUAAAAUGAUCGUUCUCUGUGCUAAAGGUGGGUGAAAUACCAAUUGCACUGCUGCCAGAUCUCACAAGAGAAACAAGGAACAUGGUCUGGAAAAACACACCCAAAAUAAGCCACUUGCCUCAUCAAAAUAACUAAUACAUUUCUUUCCUGUGGUGGAUUUAUUGGCAUAGAAAUCAUAACAAGCAGCUUAUUAACAUUAUCUUAUUUACAGAUCUGAGUCAAAGCCCAGCAGCAUCAAAUCUGUAUUAAUGCAUCAAAUCUAACAAUAAUUCAGUUAAGACUUGGAAACAACUGUGAGAAGGUACUUUUUACCUCCUAUUAAUGGUUUCCUUGUACCUGGAUUUGCUGUGUGCAUGUAUACAGUUGUGGCCAAAAAUAUUGGCACCCUUGGUAAAUAUGAGCAAAGAAGGCUUUGAAAAAUGUCUAUUUAUCCUUUUGAUCUUUCAUUCAAAAUAUUUUUCUCAAACGCAUUUGCCACAAUUACUGGCAAAGCAUCUUCAGUUUGCCAGACACUACUGGAACUUCAAAUGCAACCGGGAUCUAUGGUCAGAUGAAACAAAAAAUAGCUUUUUGCCAGAGAACACCAGAGGUGGAUUUGGUGCACACAGUGAGGCAGCAAUAUGGAAAAGUACCUCAUACCCAGUUAAAUGUGGUGCAGGAUCUUUAAUGUUGUGGGACUGUUUUUAUGCUACAGGUCCUGAGCAUCUUGUUUGGAUUCAUGGCAUCAUGGACUCUAUCAAAUACCAACAGAUAAAUAAUCAAAACCUGAUUGCCUCUGCCAGAAACAUUACAAUGGGCUGUGGUUGGAUAUUCCAGCAGGACAAUGAUCCAAAACAAACAUCAAAAUCAACACAAAAUAGUUCACUGACCACAAAAUCAAGGUUUUGCCACGGCCUUCCCAGCCCCCUAACCUGAUCCCAUAGAAAACUUGUUUGGUGAACUGAAGAGGAGAGCCAACAUGGACCAUGGAACUGUAGAGAUUCUGUAUGUAGGAAUGGUCUCAGAUCUCUUGCCAGGUGUUCUCCAACCUCAUUGGGCAUUAUAAGAGAAGACUCAGAGCUGCUAUCUUGGGAAAGUUUUAUUUUAUAAAACUUGUGUUUGGAACUGUUUGAUAUAUAUAUUUGAGGAUAGAUUAUUGUGAAUAUUUUCAAUAAAAGACCAAAAUUAUAAACAAUGAUAUAUUUUUCACAACCUUCUUUUCUCAAACCAAGGGAGACAAUAUUUUUGGCCACCACUGUACAGUGUGUAGUAUUUCUUCAUAGAUAUUAAAGGUCUUCCUUCAUAGAAUGCAGCAACAACGGGAAAUUAGACAAAAAUUUGUGAUGCUGCAGUUUCCUUCAGGAUCAAUGCACGUUUCAUUUUUUCGGGGAACAUGAUGUGUAGUUCCACAAAUUUACCAUGAUAAACCCUUUGGUCUUUGGUAUCAUGAGAAAAAUUAUCGAAACAAAAUUAAUCCGUUAUAACCAGAUACCAGCAUUUAAAAAUAAUGUUUUCUUGACAACAGUUGCAAAUCACUUCGUUACGGUUUUCAUUUACGUUUUGUUCGUUUUUGUUUUUUUU